AUGGACGCUAGCUCCCUCCCGGAUUUCAAGGUCCUGUCCUACCCAACCAAAUGGUGUGGGAUCGACUCCGAUCGACGACCAUCGCCGAGCGAUGAAAUUACAUUGAAUGCGACAUCCUCAUGGACAUACUGCGGGCCGCUUUUACCACUGGAUCCGAAGAGCCUGCCAUCCUCGUUCGAUACCUGGGCCCAGGCCACGGUCAACGGGCCGCUGUUGGGGCCUCUGUUCUCGUUCCUCGAAUUUGUGCACGAGUUUCUGAAAGCCAACGAUAUAUCGCACUACUGGCUCACAAUCCGCGCCAGCCAAGGCUCGGACGAGUUCGACAUACCGCGCUGGCACACCGAUGACCUUUUCUUCUCGCCGCUAGCCACAGCAGCAGCCCCAGCAACCACGACGCCGGCUCUCCGGCACUCCUUCCUCUGGCCAUUCGCAGAUGCCGCCAAACGACACCGGCGAGCAUCAUCACUGUCGCACACAAGGCGAUCCAGCCAGAGCGUACACACCCGAUCUCCCCAGCCAACGCCCCCACAACUUCCGCCGUCAGUCCAAAUAUCCAGCUCCACAACCAAUCCACCAAACUGGAAACUAACAACCACUCUCCUCGGCCCGGGCACCCUCUUCAUCUCCCUCCCCCUCAACCCGCACGCCCGCAACCUCCAAAGCACCACCAAACUCACUGUGCGCACCGCAAACCCUGGCCACAUCUGCCUGUCCAUCCGGUGCGUGGGCUGCGCCACGGCUGCCGAGGAAGUGCGGGCCACGCUUGCCGCGCAGCUGGGCGGGCACCGUGAUGGGGCCGGGGUUGUGCAGGCGGCACGUGGGGAAUGUGUGUUCUUCCGCGUUGGCGAAGACGAAGGUGCCGUGCAUUCAGAGCCGAUGUCCAGGGGGGAGAGGGUGUUUGUUAAUGUUGUGCCGGGGUUUGAGAAGGAUCUGAGGUGCUUGAUGGCGAAAUGGGGGAUGGAGUUUCCGAGGGCUUGGUGUGUGGGAUUGCCGUUCCAGGGGGUUGAGGGGGGUUGCUGGAGAAAUGUCGGUGAGAUAUGA